AUGGAUUCCAGUCCUAAUCAAACCCAAAAACCACAUGCUGUAUUCGUACCAUUUCCAGCACAGGGUCAUGUGAAUCCUUCCAUGCAGUUAGCCAAACUCUUCCGUUGCAACGGUUUCCACAUAACCUUUGUCAACACCGAGUUCAACCACAAACGUUUGAUUAAAUCUCUUGGAGAAGAGUUUGUGAAAGGUCUCCCAGAUUUUCAAUUCGAGACCAUACCUGAUGGUUUACCAGAAUCAGAUAAGGAUGCAACACAGGAUAUUCCAACGUUGUGUGAUUCAACUAGGAAAAACUGUUAUGGUCCAUUCAAAGAGCUUAUGCAACACAGGAUAUUCCAACGUUGUGUUUUCUAUAUUGCAUCUUGUUAUAGUUUGUGCUUUUGA